AUGCCUACUAUGCCCAAUUUCGACAUACCUGAUUCACCACCUCCACCACCAGUCAACAGCGAAGAGGCCGCAGUACUCGCUGCCACAACGAAGAAGAUUGAGCGCUUCCUUGAGUUGAAGAAGAAGGGUGUACACUUCAAUGAGCGUCUCCAGAAUUCCACCAGCCUACGGAAUCCCAGCUUGUUGCCGAAGUUGAUGCAGUUUGCGGAUAUCACAAGGGAGGACAGCUACAGGAGUAGUCUACCGGAAGGACUGGGCAUAUCGGUCACAUGGCCGGAAGAAUGUUACGUUGAAGGUCUGCUGCGACAGAACGAGCGGAAACAGAAGAAGAAGCUAGCAGAGAGGGACAAAGUCGACUUUGUGCCGGCUGUCGCGAAAGACGAGGCCAAGGCGCAGGUGCAGAGCGCGGCCAGUGAAGUAGGCAGUGGGAAAAAGAGUAGAUUUGACAAAUGA